CUCGGCCGCCGCCAUCUUGUUGUUGAUUCGAACGGCAGGGAGCGGGCGGCAGGGAGCGGCGGCGCUGGGGGCUCGGUGUCGCCAGCCCCCGGCUGGGCAGGCAGGGCCGGCCCCGAAGCUGCGCACAGGAAGGAACUCGGCAAACCGCGGUGGUAACAUGAAACCAACAUGGCUGACUUGCUUCUGGCGUCCUGCUCCCUCUUGAUUGUGAGAGGUUGGCUCCAUAUUCCAGUGACUGCUCAACAGAGAGAGCUUGGGUGACAUCUGUAAGAACUGAGAGAAAACCUCUAACUUCAUUAGUCAGACUGAAUCAUUGUAAGGAAGCAGAUUGCCAGGACUUCCCCCCCUGUGGCUGCCUGACCGCUGCUGAGCUACCCCUCCUAGCCCAUGUGGCUCUCCCCAUGCUCCAAGAGUGCAACUGGUGCCCAACGCAAUGUGUGUUUGUCAAACCAUGGAAGUGGGCAAGUAUGGCAAGAAUGCCACUCGAUCUGGAGACCGGGGGGUCCUGCUGGAGCCUUUCAUUCACCAGGUGGGCGGCCACAGCAGCAUGAUGCGCUACGAUGACCAUACUGUCUGCAAGCCCCUCAUUACCAGAGAACAGCGCUUCUAUGAAUCUCUGCCCCCGGAAAUGAAGGAAUUCACACCCGAGUACAAAGGUGUGGUAUCUGUCUGUUUUGAGGGAGACAGCGAUGGCUACAUUAACCUGGUGGCCUAUCCCUAUGUGGAGAACGAGGCCCUGGAGCAAGAUGAUAUGCCAGAGAGGGACCAGCCACGGCGCAAGCACUCACGUCGGAGCCUUCACAGAUCAAGCAGCGGCACUGAGCACAAGGAGGAAAAGCCUGGCCUGGCCAGUGACAGCACUGAAAGCAGCAUCCAGGAAACGAAGAGUCCACGGGUGGACUUGCACAUCCAUUCAGAUGUUCCAUUUCAGAUGUUGGAUGGGAACAGCGGUCUGAGCUCUGAAAAGAUCAGCUAUAACCCCUGGAGCCUGCGCUGUCAUAAACAGCAGCUGAGCCGCAUGCGGUCAGAAUCCAAGGACCGAAAACUCUACAAGUUCCUUUUGCUGGAGAAUGUGGUGCAUCACUUCAAGCUUCCCUGCGUACUUGAUCUGAAGAUGGGGACCAGACAGCACGGAGACGAUGCGUCCGAGGAGAAGGCUGCUCGGCAGAUGAAGAAGUGUGAACAGAGCACUUCAGCCACCUUGGGCGUGCGCGUUUGUGGGAUGCAGGUCUACCAGCUGGACACAGGACAUUACUUAUGCAGGAAUAAAUACUAUGGACGCGGUCUUUCCAUCGAGGGCUUCCGCAAUGCCCUCUACCAGUAUCUCCACAACGGCAUUGAGCUGCGCAAGGACCUCUUUGAGCCUGUCCUCGCCAAACUGCGAAGCCUGAAGGCGGUUUUGGAGAGACAGGCCUCCUACCGCUUCUACUCCAGCUCCCUUCUCAUCAUUUACGAUGGGAAGGACAGCAGGGCAGGGAUGUUUGUGGAGCGCCGGCCGGAGAUGCGCCUGAAGCGGGUGGACAGCUCUCUCCCGGAGAGCCUUCAGGAUGGCGGCAGCACGGAGCCCGGCUCCUCGGCCCAGCCCAAGGUGGACGUGCGUAUGAUUGACUUCGCGCAUAGCACGUUCAAAGGCUUUCGCGAUGACCCCACUGUGCAUGAUGGACCCGACAUGGGUUAUGUAUUCGGGCUGGAAAGCCUCAUCAACAUCAUGGAACAGAUGCGCGAGGAAAACCAGUAGCCCUGGGCUAUGGCCUCUUAUUCUUGUCCUGGUGGCAGGAGCAGACACGACCACCUACUACCACAGGAAAAAAAGCAGACAACUCUGGUUUUAAACAAUUGUAUUGCUCCAUUGUUUUUAAAUGUACUUGGAUAGAAGAGCUGAGGGGAGGCAGGAUGGAAGAGCUCCUCAUGCCAACCAGACGGUUCUGACCGCACUAGCUCUGCCUUCUGGAGGAGGCUCUGUAGAUGCCUGCUGGGUGUCGGGUGUCCCGGUUCUUUGCUCAUCACGUGUGCGUUCUGGAGGGAGGACCUGGACGUAGUGAAGAGAAAGCAGGAGAGCCUGGGGCUCUUCGGGGGGCUGGAGCUGUGGCGUGAGGAGCCUCCUGCCUCAGGAGCCCCCAGGAGAGCCUUCCCUUUGAAAUUCUCCUGAGUUAUUUGGAAAGGGCGCUCAGCUAACAGUCGGCAGCGUCUGUGGGGCUGACGGUGAGCAGCACAGGUGCUGGUCCGUGCGUUCGGUGGCGCUAGCUCUGCCCUGGGUUUUGCCGAUGGGGCUUUGCUUUUGAUGCUGCCUUUUUCUGCUGUUUGGGUACUGUGAAUAACCAACCCAAACAUGGAAAUAAAAUGACCAAACGCAACCCCUGGCAGAGCUGCGGCCAGGAGGGAAAGCCGCACGCCUGGAGUUGUGCUUGAGCCCGGGGCCUGCUCCCUCCCCGACGGGGUGGCGUGGGCAGGCCUGCGUCUGGGCAGGCACUGGGCUCUGCGAGAGUAACUCUGCCCUGGACCACUGACCAAGCAAGAACUCAGCUCACGGGCUAGCAAUAGUAUCUGUAGCAGUUAACGCGACCCCAGCUGUGCAGCGGGGCGUUUUGGACCAUUUCAACCCUUCCUGUCGUGUAAUGUUGGUCCCACAGGUUGCACGCGAGUAUGUCCCUGCAGCGUACGGCCGCCCUCUUCCCCCGGCGGGCCUCUGCCCCGCAGCCCCUGCUCCUCCGGCAGGUCCGUGCACGGGGAUGGUGGAAGGGGAGGCCAAGGGUUAGGGCUGUGACCCCCCUUCUUGUCGCUGAGGGUCUCCAGGGGGGGCAGGUGAGGGGGGACCUGGCUGAGCGGUGAGUGCCAUCGCCUGACUGUUUAGCUUUUGCUUCAUGGAGUCAGCGUUGCCCAAAAUAAAUGACCAGUUGGUGGAUGAAACAGCCAGCUGGGCUGUGCUCUGCUGCUGGGGCUCCCUCCUGGCGUCGGUGCUUUACCCAUGGCUUCCAUUGAUGAGGGCAUUAACGUUUGAUACUGUGGCCUGGUGGUACCGAACUGUACCCAGCUCUGCAUCACACCCCCCCGCCCCUCCCCUUUCUGUGCUGGGACCUCCCGGUUGCUCCUUCCCCCGUGUCACUCCAUUACCCUGGCUGCCUGAGAAACUGCCUGGGUACCUGCAAAGCCAGGGUUGGGUGUAUUUUUUUUUUUUGUUUUCGUUUUUUUUUUUUUUUUUUUUUUUGUACUUCAGGAAAGCUUGUUUGGGGAAUACUCGCAUGUAGCAUGUGUGCCGACUCUGUGUGUGCACGGUCUGCUUGGAAAGCGUCGGUGCUCGGCUGGCAGCCAGCCGCAGCUGCCACGGUGGGCGCGGGUCUGCGGCACUGGGUGCGGAAGGGGGCAGGGGUCGUGCCGGCUUCGUCCUCGACCGCACCUCUCUGCCCGUCUCCCAGCUACUCUAAAGCUUGCCCUUACCCUCCCGCUCUCUGGACGAGGACCUUUGACGAGUAACCCUGCCCUGGGUUACUUCUCCAUCGCUUCUGCGGGUGGCUGCCCCCCCCCCAGGCAGGGCUCGCGGGGUUCCAGGCCCCGGGGUCGCCAGGGGGGAGCGGGGCUGGUGGAGCAGCUGCGGGAGCAGAUGCCCCGGGUACCGAGAACGGCCGCCUCGCCCUCCCUGGCCUUGUCCCCGGCGGGCUGCGCUGGGGCGGGAGCGGGGCCCUUCGUCCUGGGGAGCAGCUCGGCCUCCCCCCUUCCUCUGCCUCGCUAGGCCGGGCGCGGGCAGGGGACGGACGGGGCGCGCUGCCUGGGAGCCGCCGCGGUGGGACUCCCGAGCUUGUACAUAGCCUUGCCCCCCCCCCCCCCCCCCCCCCCCGUUUGUUUUUACAUGAAUAACCGCCCUGUUUGUGCUUCACAGAGAACCAAAAACCAUUAAAGGAUCUGUUUUUGUC